AUGAGCCUCGAGGCUAUGUUAGCAUCAGUCGAUAAGUAUAACACUAAAACAAUCCAUAAAGCAACAAAACCUAAGCACUCUCUAUCGCACUUAGCCUCGACUGUACCAAGGUCACCAAUCUAUUCUGUCCCAGACUAUAUGUCCACUCCUUAUAACUACAACGGAAAUACCGUGUACAUCGUAUUAGUCGACGGUCAUGGCAAAUUUCACUGCCCCCUCAAACCAUUCCAUUUCUACGCACUUAAAACAACAAGCGGUAAACGCCCAUGGAUGAUCUCAUCAUUCACUGAAGGCAAAAAAGUCUUCUUUGCGGUCGCUAUGAACUCCCUCGGGACUAUCCUCGAUGGCGUCAGACUCGACUCUAGUUAA